AGUUGCCAGGAGUUGCCUCCGGUACCACACAAAUCAGCUGCGAAAGCAGCACAGAAAGAAGAAGAUUAGCCUUAUUAGCAAUCUCUCCAUUCAUCUCUGGGUUUCGUUGCUUCUUCUGAAUAUCUAACAGCCCUAGAAUCUCAUUUGCGUAUCUAACGGUACAUCCGAUAAAUCCAUAAUUCUGGGUUCUGUUUAUUCGUAAAUGUCCCUCGCUGGUAGUCAUAGAAACAAAUUUGAGGGGCACAAUCUCUGACAUUACAUUACAAGAUACGGUUGUGUGACAUUUGUUUUCGCCGUGGAAAAGUGGAUAUAUUUCAAACACGGAUUUUAACCUCCAAAUUGUCUACGAUACGUGUCACACCGUGCCAUUAGUCACAAUAAAUAAUUCGAAAUGGCUCAAGAGGUGGAAGAGACGAUGAAACGAAUUCAAUCACACAAGGGGGUAGUUGGUACCAUUGUCGUUAAUUCAGAAGGUAUUCCUAUAAAAUCGACCCUCGAUAACACGACGACUGUGCAAUAUGCAGGGCUGAUAAGCCAACUAUCUGAUAAAGCAAGAUCAGUCGUUCGUGAUUUGGAUCCAACAAAUGAUCUGACAUUCCUACGCAUUCGGAGUAAGAAGCAUGAGGUAAUGGUGGCCCCAGACAAAGAAUUCAUCCUGAUCGUCGUCCAAAAUCCUGUGGACUAAGUCCUCAAGGUUAACUUUUUGACUCAUUCUGUAUUCUCACGUAAAUUGUAAUGACGUCGAAGCUCUUUCCCAUUUUGCAACCUGAUUAUCUCAACAUGCUAAUUUCAAGAUAUUUAUAAAAAUUAUUGGUUUUUCUUUGCAAAAGUGUAUGUGUUAUUAAAUAUGUGAUUAGACUUGAAGUAAAAAAUGUAAUGCAAGAGAAUAUUUAUUAUCUGAAAGUAAAUUGUGCCACUGGUACGUGUAUUUCUA